UGUCAGCGCAGCACAUUGGACAGCACAGCCCUGCCCUCAGAACCAAAGCACAAGAUCAACAAGGGCAAAGCUGUUUUCUCUUUGCCCCCAACAGCAACCUGUUGUCCUUUAACGAAGGACAGUCCUCCCUCAAAACGUUGAACUGUUUUGCAAGUGCCCUCUCCAAAGGAUCCAUCACAUCUUCUCAUCUGAUACUCUAGUCUUUGGAUCUAAGUCUUUCCUCCACUCAACCAUGACCGCUUCAGUCCUCUCCAACCUUGGGUUUAUCCGCUCUCUGAAUGGCCUACUUCUGGUGUUGACUGGUUUGAGCUUGAGCAGUCCCAUCAGGUCUCCUGAGAACCAUCACAGGGCAUCAGUCGGGAGGGAUGUAGGUGAUAAUCCGCUUCUUGAUGCGCAGGACUUUCUGAGCCAAUUUCUGUCCACACUGAACCUCACAGAGCUGGGGCCCCAGCCCAGGCCCCUCGCUGCCAGUAAGGAGCCACCAGAGUACAUGUUGGAGCUGUUCAACCGAUUUGCCAAUGACCGCACUUCUGGGCCCUCAGCCAACAUGGUGCGCAGCUUCAAGAAUGAAGAUUCCUCCCCCUACAGUGUAACUGCCAGGGGUGUAAGGAUACAUCCCCUGCUCUUCAACAUCUCCAUGCCCCACCAUGAGCACAUAACAAUAGCUGAGCUUCGCCUUUUCACCCUGGUCCGGAGGGCCCAAAGACUAUACUCUGGCCUUGACUGCAAGGUGACCAUUUACAAUAUACAUGAGGGCGUUGUUUGGACAAAAGAGGAGGGGAAAGAAGGGAGAAGGAGGGAUAGAGAGGAGGUGGUGGAGAUAAGGGAUCUGGAGGAACUGGUGACAAAGCAUAUUCAUGCCAAAGAUAACAGCUGGGUGUCGUUUGACCUGACUCAUGUGGUUACGCUCUGGCGGAAAUCAGGGUGUGCAACUCACAGACUGGAGGUUCACAUUGACUCCCUGGGGUCAGAGGAGGAAGGGGCCACACAAGAGUUCACAGAGGAGGGCGAAAGUUUGGUUGAGAUUGAUGUCGACAGGAGCUUGGAGGGAAAACACAAUGCAGUGAUGAUUGUAUUCUCAGAUGAUCAGAGCAGAGACCACAAACAGGAUAAACAAGAGCUCAACCACAUGAUUGAACAUGAGAAUGACCUUCCUGAAAACAUGGGCCGGAGCCAACAAGCUUUCUGGGGGCACGUUGAUCACAACGCUGGCCAUGCUAACCAGGACGAGCUGGACAAACAGUCCCUCAUGCAACUGCAGUCCAACCUUAUCUAUGACACACCCCCCCGAAUCCGUCGCAAUGUUAAGAGCGAGCCAUGCAAGAGGACCCCACUCUUUGUGGAUUUUAAAGACAUUGGCUGGGAUACGUGGAUCAUCCAGCCUCUGGGCUAUGAGGCGUACGAGUGCAACGGCGUGUGCAACCCACCUAUGACCUCCGAGGUCUCGCCUACCAAACACGCCAUAGUGCAGACUCUGCUGAGUGUUAAGAGUCCAGAGAGAGCAUCGCGUGCCUGCUGUGUGCCCACUAAGUUGGAGCCGAUCUCACUCCUUUAUCAUGAUAAUGGGGUGAUCACUUUCAACCACAAGUAUGAGGGGAUGGUGGUGGCAGAGUGUGGAUGCAGAUAGUCCUGAAAGUGAUGCUGUUACACAGAGAUAGAGACUGCACAUCGCACACAUCCUCUCAUGUGCUUGUUUCCACAAUAUCUCAUACAGUGGCAUGUAAAACCACAAGUCUGGACUUAGUUGUAAAUUAGUGAUGGACACAAAUUUGUGCUACAUGAUGUAAAUUUGCAAUUGUAUAAAGGUAAAUCAGUUAUUAUAAUGUAGAAUAUAAAGCUUUCAAAGUAAUGCUGCAAAUCUUUUUAGACAGUUAGACAGCAAUUUUUGUAUAUUAGAGUAUUUCUGGAUAAGUUCAAUAAUUUAUUGUGAAUGACAGUAACAGACCAUACAUCAGACAAAAACAAAACAAAAAAACAUCCUGAUAAAAUAGCUGUUCAGCCAGUCUCAGAUGAAGUGAGGAGCGACUCAAAAGUUUAAAUAUUGCAGCACUGAUCUCUGUUACAAUAACAUAAUUUGGAAAUAUGCAUGUGAGAUCUGUAUUAUUACAAAAGAUGCACCCAUGAGUGUCGGGUUUUCGAGGUGCAGAAUCUGACAAAAGUGAGGUUUGUGUUAUUUCAGUGUGGGUGCGGUAACUGAAUAUACAGUACUAAAUAGACUAAGAAGUCAGCUACAUUUUGUUCUAACAAGAAUUAUCCCUAAUGCUGACGUUGAGAGGCCCCCAGCUUAAAAUCUACAUUUUAGGAUAGCCACCAUAUUAUAAUGAUUUGCACUACUGUUAGUAUGCUGUACGUUUAUUUUCUUUUGUUUUUAAACAUGAAAAGUCUCUUAAAUUCAAUUGUAAUUGAAUCACAGUCUUGCCAAAACGCAUUACAACUAGCUAUAUAUGCUGCAGAUUUGUAAAUGCUAUCAUUUGUUUCUGUGUCCUAUGGCAUGUUGGAGCCACUGAGAUGAUUUAAAGACUGUGACAUUUUU